CAUCUGAAAGAAAGAAGAACAGAUCACAAACACAACCAUGUCCAACGUGCCCACCUCCCUCCGCGACUCCUCCCUCACCGUCUUCCGCCUCGCCAUCUCCAGCUCCGACCCCUGGCCCUUCUCUUCCUAACCCUCCCCCAACUCCCCAGCUAGCUCUCCCUCAACCUCUCCGUUCUUCUCCUUCACCACAGCAAAGCUCAGAGUGUCCUGUCCGAUCCUCGAUCGCUCCCGAUGCCGCACCGGCAGCAAGGAGCGCCCAAGGGGUGCGUGACGGUGCGGGUGGGCGCCGAGGGCGAGGACCAGCGCCGGUUCGCGGUCCCGCUGGGCCACCUCAGCCACCCGCUCUUCGCCGCGCUGCUCGAGGAGGCGGAGCGCGAGUACGGCUUCCGGCACCAGGGCGCCAUCGCCAUCCCCUGCCGCGUCGACCGCUUCGUCCACGUCGAGCAGCUCAUCGACCGCGACCUCGGCGACCACCGCCACCUCGUCGACCUCGACAACUGCGCCGCCACCGUCAACGCCGCAGGCGGACAUGGCCACGGCCACAGCCACAUCAACCUGCCGCGCUUCGUCGGCUGCUUCCGCGACUGAUGCGCAGCGCGGCCGCGGAUCGAUCGGUCGAGCUGCACGGUUGUUGCAGCUCUUGAAGUUUCUUUAGGGUCCGCUCUCUCUCUCCCGUGUUGCCGUUGGUUUGGUGUCAGGAGAAAUCGGACCAAGAACUUCGAGGCUGUUGAUGAUGAUGAAAAAUUGCGAUUGAUGCAAGUGUAAAGAUAGAACAGAACUUCGAGGUUUCUUGACGAUGAUGAAAAAUUGUGAUUAAUGUAACUGUAAAGACAGAAUAUUAGACCCUUUCUCCUUUGUC